UAUUGGUCGACGAGUCGAAGCGAAGGGAGGUUCCCACCGAGAGCAUAGAAGCUGCAACACCGAGUACCGUGCGCCGCGCAUACGAGUCUUGUACAAACAUAUUUUCCUAUGCUAUUCGUUGUCGUCGUCGCGCAUUUCGAUUCCACCUCCUCUAUCCACGCGCGUCGUCGCAGCCCGCUAAGCACCGGGUGGCUGCCUGCUGUACGUACCGUUUUCCGUUCCGUUUAGUGUUGGUGUGUUGAGUGCUGGGGGUGGAUGGUCUAAUGCCCACGGUUCGGUCGCUGGAGUGGCGCGUCAAACUUGAGGCAGGCCAUUGGUGCCGUUUCCCUUCCACUCCAGUGGAUUCUGGACGGUCGCGUACGGAGAAUCGAUUUCGUCAUUCUCUGCUCUAUGUGUUACUACACAUUGUUGAUGUCGAAUUUCGAAGCUUAAUUGGGCUCAUUUUCGGGGGUUCGUGGAUUGUGUUUCCUGUGGAAUAACUCCGGAUUAGUAUCCGAAACUGCGGAUGGGAACCGUUCGUCGAGCAAUCGGUUUAAGUGGCCAAUGGCAUCCCCGGGGCACAAUUUGUUGAUUUCCUCUGGCUGCUGCUGCUGCUGCUGGACCUUGUGACGACGAUAUCGAAAGGGUCUGCAGGCGGAGAGGGGGAUCUCGUGUAGUCUAGUAGUGCAGUGCAUAAGGGGGUAUUGUGUUGGAGAAGUGUUGUACACCUCUAUUGCUGAUAGCGAGCAUUAAUACCUGUGCGAUCCGUGUUUUUUGGGUGUGAUAAUCGCCCCGUAGCCAGAGGAGCUGCAGCCAGUGAAGCAGAUGUGAGAAGAAUGCAAUUGACGAACGAGACGAGUGCGGUUGGUUUACAGCAGCGUUUAUAGUGCCAGUGGUUAGCAUAGAACCCACGAUUGUGCACCGCACGGUGUCAGAAGUAGUGAUUAUUUUCGAAGAAGCAUGAAAUGUAGAGGAUUCUAUUUGAAAUGAAAGCAUGAAAACCCAAGAUUUUCUUCGUUGCAGUAAAACUAUCGUUAAUGUGUAAUCUAUCGACAUAUGAACGGGCGCCAGUUUGCGAUCGAUGUGCGCUGCCCAGCUGCUCGGCCAGAAUCGAAAAUUAUGAGGAGAAAUCACAAGCUGAUAAGCACCGUCGAUGAGUUCAAAAAAUGUUGGCAAUAUGUUACCGCAGUGUGAUUCCUCCACUAACGAAAACAACGACGAUGUGAUCGAUGCGGAUGUUGCCAAUACCGAAGUCAUUACUAGCACCGCUACCAGCACCACCACCACCACCACCACUACCACCAGCAGCUGCAGCGAUAGUAUCGCGACUACUACCAAUAGUAGUUCCAGCGACACCACGACCAGUCGCGGCGAUCGCACUAUGACGGGUCCGAUAAUGUGCAAAAUACCAUCGCUGAUCGCUGCGGUGGAGGGUGGCCUGUCGGGAUCGCCCGCGACCACGGCCGUGAUGGAAACCGCGGGUAGUGCCAAUUUGACGGAUAGCUUCGGCGGUGGCGGCAGCAGUAGCAGCAUAAAUAACAACAACGCCAGCGAGCUCGAUAUGAUCGAUAGCAAUGACCCGUACGCCGAACUCGAGCGAUAUCUGGAAAAGGUCAAGGCUGAAAUCUCCGAGGUAUUUGCGCAACUGGAGGUGUCCAAACGGGACGGCAAUGGUUCCACCACGGUCAACCUGGGGAACGGUAACCCGACUUCGGCUGCGGUUACCGAUGGUGACCGGACCGGCCGAAGGAUGGCAGCUCCCACCGUCAAUAAUGGCACCAGCAGCGGCGUCCGUGACAGCAAUUACAACACCAAAGCCAGCGUUUGCCAAAAUGUGGCCUGCAUCGGCGACACCGUGGACUGUGCCGGACUGGAGGCGACCGAGCGGCUGCUGUGGGAAAUCGCCGCCACGCUUCCCCGGCAGCAGCAGCAGCAGCAACAGUCUGUCUCAUCGCCGCCGCAGCAAAACCAUCCCAGCUCGCGAGAGCGGAACAACAAUGGUGCUUUUGAGUCGUCGGCAGCGGCGACGGGCCGGCUCGUCGGUGCCGGUGAUCCCACGUUCAUCAUCAACGCUGGCAGCGAUCCUCAUCAUCAUCAGCAUCGACAUCAUGAGUUGGUGUUGAAGAUCGACGAAGAUCACGACCACGAUAAGCCGCCGUCAGAGUUGGAGAAACGUUCCCAGCGGUUCGUUCAUAACUCAUCCUCCAAUGGCCGCUUGCUCACGGUGGGUGCUACCGACAACAGUCAAUCGUCGGAUUAUGAAAAUAACACCUACAGCAGUAGUCGGGAGCUGCAGGACAGCUUCUCCGACGACAUGAGUCUGCUGGAGGAACUCAGCGUGUACGAUAGUCACGAGCACGAUGAGGAUUGCUCCGACAGCAAGGAAGCGGAAACGUCAUCCCCGAGGCAUCAUGCAAUGCUUCCACAGAACCAUCACCAAGGAAGAUCGUCCCAGCCGGCGUCGCAGAACCGCCUGCAGCACGCCGACAAGCUGAAAACCAGUACAAAUUCCCUUCCCUCCACUAGCCGCAAUUAUAAUCUACACAGUAAGUUUAGGAACCACCAGAACGUAAUCGAUGCCAAAAGACGACAGUUUUUCCUGCCGCUGGAGCAGGAACCAUUCCAGCCAGUCAAGACCAACAUCACCGAGCUGCCGUCGCCGAGCAGCACCUCGCUGCACAGUGGGUACAAUCACCUGAUACUGGAGGACCUGGGCACCAAGAGCAGUUCGGCGCCUUUGCUGAUGAAGAACGAGGAGCCGGAGAUCGGCGAACGGCGGAAUUUGAGAUACUCACGAUCGCAAAGUGACAGGCAUCUGGCAGAAAUUGAAGCCAUCGAAGCGUGUCGAUGGCUCCGAGCUGCCGGCUUUCCUCAAUAUGCUCAAAUGUAUGAAGAUCACCAAUUCCCAAUCGAAAUCAAUGACGUCGCCAAGGACCAUCCAUUCCUGGAAAACGAUCCCCUUCAGUCCCUCUACCGGCGACUUCAGACGCUAAAUCGUUGCGCUAACAUGCACAUUGAUACACACCAGCACUCGCAUCCUCCGAAGCAAAACGAAGACUCGGACGAUGACAGCUGUGCUCUUUCGGAAGCGUGGACAUUCGCCCACAACAGUAGAAGGUGGUCACGGGUGGAGGAUGCCGCUGGGUUGGUGAGUGUGAUCAAGCAAAAGCAUUCCAAACAGAGCGACGUCAGUACGGUUAACGAGACCGACUCGGCGGAAGAGUCGUCCAAGAGCGGGUCGAAGACUACAACCACGGACGAUCGGGAGAACUGGGGCGACGAUGGGGUAACAUUGAGUAUAUUGUCCGACAGCGACCAGCAGGAUGGUCCCGUCAGGCUACGGAGAACAGGUAGCGAGAGGCUCAAGGAUGGCGCAAAAGCCCUUCUAAGACGGGUCGAAUCGAUCAAAUCCCGUCGAAGGAAGCGGCAGAACCGCGAUGGGCUCAUCAUCUGUGGACCACAUUCCUCCGGCUUAUCACCUAGCCAUCACAACAUAGAUGACUUGAAACAUAUCGAUGUGAUGUCUUUCUCCAAUCCCUCAUCCCCUCGAGCUUCGGCGGCGCACGGCGAUCACCGAAGGGAUAACAACCUUGGCACCAAUGAGAUAGUUUCGAACCUUUUGUCACCUUACACUCUUAGUCCUUUUGGGCACAUGGUAGAUGAUAACAAUAAGAAGGAGCACAAACGUAGCACCAACAGAUCUAGUCCUCUACACUUUUUUAUCCAGCUGCAGGAAGCGAAAUCAGGUGACGAUUCAUCAUCCAUCUGUAGCGAAGACAGCCAGGAUAUGAAUACCGGCUACUUUGCCGGAAGGGUUGUGAAGACUCCUAGCAAGAAAUAUCCGAAGGCGAAGAAGCUGCUGCGAAACAAAGUAACCGCUGAUGACUCCGGAGCGCUCUCAGAUUCGGAGUAUCAAUCUAAGUUAAGACGAGCAAAGGUAUCUAGUGAUUUAAAGGAGACUAGCAAUAAUACACUUCAGGUUUCGAAACUCAACCGUGGAGGAUCGUUGAACUUGGGGAAGAACUCCAAGCGUUAUCGUGAUGCAUUCCAUAACCGCUCGAUGAGGGUGGCAAAGACCAGCGGCGAGAAGAGUGAAGACGAUCGAAAGCGUCCGAUAGUUGCGAGAUGGCACAGCUUUCAGCAACCAAAAACAUCGGAAGGACGUCGAAUGGGCAUUAUUGAUCUGAAGGACGACGGAGUGAGGGAUAAAGGAAAGUACUCCGAGGGUACCAGCAUUGUGGAAAUGUCUUGCGGACAGUUGCUCGUGGUACGAAAGUUGGCUCUGGUCACUCUUACGGGGUACAUGGAGCGUUACUGCCCGACGCAUCGUUCCGGCUGGAACUGGGAUCUGCCAAAGUUCAUAAAACGAAUCAAAACACCUGACUAUAAAGAUAAGAAAGUGUUUGGAAUUCCGCUAGUUCACAACUUGCAAAGAUAUGGCAAUACUCUACCGGAGAUCAUUCAAAUGGCGCUGACCUGGUUGGAGUUGAAUGCGUUUGACCAGGUGGGAUUGUUUCGCAAACCCGGGGUCAAGUCACGGAUAGCGAAGCUGAAGUCCACAAUCGAGUCGGGCAACAAUGUUUCCAACCGGAUGGAUGUGUUUGACGAUCACCACGCGUAUGAUGUUGCGGACAUGUUAAAGCAAUACUUUAGAGAGUUACCAGAUCCGCUGUUGACGGCGAAGCUUUCCGAGACUUUUGUAGCUAUAUUUCAGUAUCUCCCAGUUGAGGUUCGAUCGGAGGCAGUGCAAUCGGCAAUUUUACUACUGCCGGACGAGCACCGGGAGGCACUGUACACCCUGCUUACCUUCCUGGAGAAGGUCACCACCAACGCGAGUCAAAACCAAAUGACGGCAAACAACCUGGCCGUUUGUUUGGCUCCUUCGCUGUUUUACUCAAUUUCAGGGAACAGAUCAUCGACGGCGUCUCCACGGCGAAAGAAGGGUGCCACGGGUCAACCGGAUGAAAAAGAACUAUCGGAAACUCGAGCUUCCCAUGACUGUUUGGCGUUUUUGAUACAGCACUACCGGACGCUGUGGACCAUCUCGAGCGAUCGUAUGCGAAAGUGUAGCUUUAACUACAUGGAAGAAUCGAAGCCAGUGCCGUUGGAAUCGCUUGGCGCGGAACUGCAUGUGCAAAAUUGGCGUGGCUAUCUGUCGGAGUGCAUCAAGGAGUGUGUCCGGGAAGGGAAAGAAAGACCACGUGGAUGGGUAUCACUCAACACAUCGGACCCGAGCGUAACGGUUUACUUCAAAAAGGUCGGAGACGGGCAUCCACUGCGGCUGUGGAAGGCUGUGACCGAGGUGGAGGCCCCACCCACCGAAGUGAUCAACCACAUCCUGAACGAGCGGCACCUGUGGGAUGAUCACCUGCUCAAGUCUAGGACGGUCGAGCGGCUCGAUGCCGAUACGGAUGUGUUCCAGUACGUCUGUGGGCAACCCAUUACCGAUUAUUGUGUUUUAAGACAGUGGAACAAACAGCAAUCACGAGGCGCUUGCGUCAUCGUCGAGGUUUCAAUUACUCAUAAUGGUGCUCAACUGCUGCUGGGCGGUGUACGAGGUGUCGUUCUGGCUUCUCGGUACCUCAUCGAACCCUGCGGUAGUGGCAAAUGCAAACUGAUGCAUCUCUCCCGUGUCGAUAUGAAGGGUCGCACACCGGAUUGGUAUAACAAAAACUACGGCCACAUCUGCCAGCAAUAUCUUUCGAGAAUCAAAAAGUUUUUCGAACAUUACACCGAGGGACCUGAGAGCAAAGUAUAAACACGUUGCUUCGCACCACUAGAUGAAGCAACAAGGAAGCAUGUUAUGAAAAAGUUAAAAAGCAAAUCAAUAUACAUAUUACAAAGUCAAACCCACACACCACUAAGCAACAAAGCAAAAAUGAUAUGAUAAGAAUGAGAAUAUAUCAAAAGUUUCCAAACAUUCCAAAUUUUUGAUUACCAAGUGCCUAAACCAUGAUAUUUUCUUAGUUCGUUUUAUAAUUUUUGAAGCGAAGUAGCCCCAGCAUCUUUUGGGGAACAGUAGAAAGUACUAUGAGAGUAGCACGGAGAAGAGCAAGUAAACACAAAACUAAAACUAGUCCAAGCAAAUCAACUUAACCAAUUUCACAACACUAAUAACACAAAUCACGUUUUUUUUAUUUUAUAGUUAUUAUUGUUAAAGUUUAUAUCGUAGGAACAAAAAAAAACACACACACACACACACAGUAAGCAACAAACUGAAGCAAAUAAUCUCAAGAACCGUUAUUCUUAUGGGACCAAUGUCAAUAACCGGAAGCAAACAAAAAACAUGGAAGAAGUAAUCUCCGCAGAGAAAAAAAAACAUGGAAGAAGUAAUCUCCGCAGAGAUCUUCGCUGUAUGGUCAGUCAGUGCCAAUAAAUGUUCAUUUUUCCCCCACAGAGAAGAUAAAAAUCAAACAAAAUGUUGUAUUCAAACAGAAACCGAAAACAAAAGUAUGUUACAUUACUAAUCGAUGGAUGAUUAUUAUGAUAUAGUUAAUAAAAGAGACGCGCAAGCAGCAUUGAAAGAUUGACGAAA